ACAGAAUAUUACAAAAAUUAAUAAAGCAUAGUUCAUUUGUUGAAAAGAAUUUAAACUCAUGUGUAUAUAGGACACUAGUCGCUGAUAGAGAAAACUAUUCACUGCCAAAUACGUUUUCGCAGUAUUUGUUGACAGUUAUUUGUCCUAUUUAAAUUGCAUACAAUAGAAAUGAAUUUUUUUAUAAUACAUCAAUUAUACCAUAUGGCCUGUAAGGAGAUUUGGCAGUAUAUUCGAAUACAUACUGGUUCAUAACAAGUGACAAUACGUCUUUCAAUACCAAGAUUCGAGAUAACUAGACAGAAGAUUUAUUAUACUAACAAUAGGAGUGAUUGAAAAUUAAUUAAUUACAAGAUGGAUGAAAUAAAAAGUAUUGUACGUUCAACAAUUCUAACAACAAAAGGUGGCAUAUCAUUGGAGAAUUUAAACCAAAAUUAUCGAGCACUUGAAGGUACUAACAUUCCUUUUAGAAAAUAUGGCUUUUCAUCGCUUAAAGAAUUUGUUCAAAGCAUUCCAAAAUUACGAAUGUAUGAUAGAGCUGGAUCUACAUACGUAGAAGUAAUUCCAAAUGAAGACACAAUUCAUCUUUCACAAAUGAUUAAUAAACAGAAACCUAGAAAACUUAAUAGGAAAGCAGCACCAUUGAGUAAACCAAGACGAAUGGUGGCAUCAACAUCAUCAAGGCAACGAAAUAAUUAUUCAUCUGCUUCCAAUAAUAAUAAUAAUAAUAGGACCGAUCAAAGACAUAACUAUUUUGGGAAUAAUUCACUUUCAAAAUCACAAUAUACAACACCAAUUGUCAAUAAAAAUACAUCGAAUUUAGAGAGACAUUCAGGACCAGCAUUAAACAAAAAUGUACAGUCUUAUACAAAAGUUGAUUCAUCACAACAAAAUUAUUCAUCAUCACCGGUUAUAAAUUAUCCGGCAUCAAAUCCUGCAAAUAAUAAUUCGAAUUCACGUCCUCAAUUAAGUGAUAGAUUGAUGGUAAAAUCUCCAAGAGUAUCUAAGAAUGUUGAAGAAAAUAAUUCUCGUGUUGAGAAUAGAGUCACUUUUGCAGCUGAUACAAAAUUCAUCCACCUUCCACCAUCAUCAUCAUCAUCAUCGUCAUCAUCAUCAUCAUCAUCAGUGCCAUUACCACGUCAAAAAGAUGAUAAUUAUAGUAAUAAUAAAAAUAAUAUUGAUAAUGGAUACUCUUCCCCAAAAUCAAUACUUAAAAUCGAACAAAUAGAUAGUAUACAAGAUUCUAGAGCAAAAUUACGAUUAUUGGUAGAGAAAUUAAAUAUGCCAAAACCUGAAUAUAUUAAAAUAGAUUGCAAUAAAAAAGGUAUUUUCUGUCAAGUAAGUAUUGGAAAAAAUAAAUGGAUUAGUUAUCCUCGUGAGGCAAAGAGUGAAGUAGAAGCUGAAAUAUUAGCUGCAGAACAAGCUGUAGUAGAACUUUAUACUCAAUAUAAAAAAUUACAUCAAGGAAAGAUUACAACUGAUCAAGAAUUAAUUAAACAACGACUGAUUGAAAUAAUAAAUAUUCACAAAAAUGGAAUAUUUGUUGAACAACUUCCGUUUUAUUAUAAAGAUAAAUAUAAUGAAGCCCUUCCAGAUAAUUGGGUUAGUAUUGCUGAAAAAUGCCCAACAGAAUUAGCUUUUGAUAAUGGUGUUGCCAAUUCGACUAUUUUAGUGCCAUAUAAUCCUAAAAUUUCUCAGAUGAGUCUAACAGCAAACGUUGAUUCAAAAGCAGUGAUGAAAAAAUUAGUUCUUCCAACUGAUAUUGACUGGCCUAUUUAUAUUAAGAAUUUUAUACAUAUUAAUGAAAUUUGGGGUGUUAUUAUUGGUGAAAAUUAUAGUGACGAAGAUUAUGCUAUGUCAAUUGAGAUGGUUAAAUUUUAUCAAACUUAUAAUGAACGUGCCAAAAAAAUUGAACUAAAUAAUUAUUACGUGAUAAAAACUGAAGAUGGAUGUCAUCGUGUUAGAGUUAAUGCCAUUGAUGAUUCCACAAAAACAGCUGAAAUAUUUUUUAUUGAUUUUGGUGAUUAUGAAGUUGUUUCUUACAAUCAAUUAUAUAUACUCGAUAAACGUUUUUAUAAAGUACCUCCACAAGCAAUAAGAUUUUCCUUGACUGAUUUAGAAGAAUUCGAGGAUGUACAAAGAAUUAAAAUUAUAGCUAAUGAUUUGCUUCAAGAUUUAUUAUGUUACUGUAGAGUAACUAAUAAAAAAGAAAUUAAUGGAGAAUUAAUAGUAAGUGGUACUCUUUAUGAUACUAGUGGUGAUGAAGAAGUUAAUAUGAAUGAAGCAAUAUCACAAAGUUUAUGGAACAGUUUGGAGUUACCUGAGCUUAAUGAAAAAGAAAAAAUUUGUGAAGUUUUUCUUUCACAUAUUGAAUUGAAUCAAUAUAUAUAUAUUCAUAUUAACAAUGAAAGUCUUAAAGUUAUGAAUAUUUUAUUAAAUAAAUUAAUGAAUCGCAGUGAGGCCAUUCAAAUGUGUGCUAUUCAUAAUAUUAAUUAUUCAAAAAUUUAUUUAGUACAACGUUCUGAUGGCCAAUGGUUACGUGUCAAAAUUGUUAGCCAAGAAAAUGAAACUUCUGUUAAAGUAUUAUUGAUAGAUUAUGGCCAAACUAUGACUGUUAAUCACACUAAAUUAUAUCAACUACCAGCCACUUCAGUAUCAUUAGAAAAAUAUCCAGCUUUGGCCUAUAAAGUUCAGCUUAAUAAUCCUAAAAAUUUGAUAUUAACUGAAUUAAUGGUAGAACGUUUGAAGGAAUUAGCACCACCAACUGAAAAAUUAGUCUGCAAAGUCAUAGAAACUUAUCCAAAGUCAUCUGAACCUAUUGUAGAAUUGUUUAAACGAAACCAACUGGAUAAUGUUCUUAUUUCUAUUAACAAUACUUUAUUUAUUGGAUCCGAAAUUGACAUGAUUAAUGAAAAUAAUAAUAAUAUUAAAAUAAAAAAACGAUUAGAAAAAAAUUCUCCUCGACUGACAAAUAUGAAAAAAGAUAAUGGACUUGGUUUAUUAAGUAAACCAUUGAUUCCAGAUAUCGGAGAACCAUUUGACGUUCACGUAACAAGUCUCGUGUCUAAUCCUUAUCAUUUUAUUGUACAACCAUAUGAUUCUUCGGGAUUAUUGUCAGUAAUGAUGAGGCAGCUAGCCGAGUAUUGUGAUAAAUAUAAUGGACCUAAAUUAUCAGAGCAAUCAUUGGCACAAGGAACAUUGUGUGCUGCUAAACACAUGAAUCAGUGGCAUAGAGCUUAUAUUAUGGGAACAAUUCUAGAUCAAGUCGUUAUUUAUUUAUGUGACACCGGAGAAAUGACCACUAUAUUUAAUGAUUUGGUAUUGCCUCUAGAUAAAAUGUUUUUAAGACUUCCUUAUCAAGCUAUUAAAGCUAAACUAUACGGUGUAAAACCAAUUUUAACAGACGAUUGGAGUCCACUUGUUAGCAAUCGUUUCAAGAAUUUAGUUGCUGAGAAAGAUUUUGUUUCAAUAAUACGAAACAUAGAAAGAGACGAAAAUCCACCUACAAAAUUAAUCAUUACUCUUGAACUUAUUGAUACUUCAACGGAGAAAGACAUUCAAAUUCAUCAAGUAUUAAUUGAAGAGAAUAAAGCAAAAGAGUUAGUGACGAUGAAAAAUGUUUAACUAUUUAUUAUAUAUUAUUUUGUUUGCAGUUAUAUUUAGUAACACAUAUUAUUUUUUGUGUCAUUUCAAUUUUACCUCAACUGAAGGUUAAUAGAGGUACUAUUUUUCUGUGUAGAGAAUGAAAAAAAAAAAAUUUGACGCGCACGCGUAUAAAUGAAUGCAAAAAUGCUUUUUGCUAAUCAGUAAAGAGUAUGAAAAUUAAAAAAAAUUUAAUAAAAUAAUUCGCAUAAAUAUUUUAUUAUAUAUUAGUAUUUUUUACGUUCAUAUUUUUCAGUUAUUCAUAACAAGAAGUUACAUGAUUAUAUUUUAUUAAACUAUUAAUGCUAAAUAAGCAUUAAAUUGAUAAAAAAAUUUAUUUUUUAAAAGCAAAUUAUUCUAAUAAUAACAAUAAUAAUUAAUAAGAUGUCAUUUAAUUCCUAACAUAAAAGCAAUAUGAGGUUAAACCUCUGGCUGUGGUUAGAUGAUUCAAUUAUUUGUUGAAUAUAUCAUAAUAAAUAUAUAUCUAUAUUAAUAUACUAAGUUUAACGUUUAAUAUUUAUUAUUCAAUUAAUAACUAAUGAAAGAAAAAAGUUUAAAAAAAUUAACUAUUUAUAUUGUUUACUUCAAUUAAUAUGUUUAAAUUUAUAUGACCAAUAAUUACUAUUGAAGAACGAAAUAACAGCUAAAUAUUAGUAAUUAACAGUAUUAAAAUAACUUGUAAUAGACUUGAGAUUAUUUGUAGGAGUGGUGGUUUAUACAGAAGGUACUACUAAUAUUUAAGUUAUAAAUUUAUGUAUUUUAUAUAACAUAUUUCACGUUUAAAUAUAUCUAUAUAAAAUGCAUAAUAAUAA